GUCAUCUGUUUGCGGUGCUGUAUCCAGUACUGCCUCUUCCGCGGGUCAGGAUUUACGAAGGGAAGAGGCUUUCUUUUCGGCCUUGAUGUAUUCUCAAAGAGGGAGCUUUUCGCAAGCUAGCGGUUCGUCAGUUUUUGUUACUGUAGCUCUGAUCACGGCAAGAAACCAUCCCCAACUUUUGUCGUAGCUUUCUCUCUUCUAAAGUAUUUGGAGGGGAUACCACGUACUGUAACCACCGAGGAAAUCUGCAAAACAGUUUUAGGUGAGGUUUGAGAUAAGUGUUGGCUCCUGCAGCAUCUCCUCCUCAGUCACCAUUCAGUCUGUGUAUGUGCGCCCGUAUACCCCCACCAUGAGCGUACUUCCCCCUGUCCGAAGGGAUCGUGUCAUUACCCAACUUCCUCAGUGUUACACAAAGGAGGCUGCGCUGCACACGAAGGACAGCUUCCACACCAAGGUGAAGACGGCAUGUCAGGAGCACCGGACAGGCACAGUGGGGUUUAAAAUCUCCAAGGUCAUCGUUGUUGGUGAUGUGGCUGUGGGGAAAACCUGUCUGAUUAAUAGAUUCUGCAAGGACACUUUCGACAAGAACUACAAAGCGACAAUUGGGGUGGACUUUGAGAUGGAGAGGUUUGAGGUGCUGGGAGUGCCCUUCAGCUUACAGCUGUGGGACACUGCUGGACAGGAGAGGUUCAAGUGCAUUGCCUCCACAUACUACAGAGGAGCACAGGCCAUCAUAAUUGUGUUUGACGUGAAUGACGUGGCCUCGCUGGAACAUUCGAGGCAGUGGCUGGAGGAUGCCAUGAAAGAGAACGACCCCUCCAGUGUGCUGCUCUUCCUUGUGGGAACCAAGAAGGACCUGAGCUCUCCUGCUCAGUUCUCCCAGAUCGAGCAGGAUGCCAUUAAACUGUCGGAGGAGAUCAAGGCUGAAUAUUGGGCCGUUUCGGCGUUGUCAGGGGAGAGUGUGAAGGAGUUCUUCUUCCGAGUGGCAUCGCUGACGUUCGAGGCUAGCGUACUGGCUGAGCUGGAGAAGAGUGGGGCGAGACGCAUUGGCGAUGUUGUCAGAAUAAACAGCAAUUCCAGUAACAUGUAUGCAACAUCCAAGAAGAAAAAGCCCAAUUGUUGUCAAUAAGGAUAAGUGGUACAGUGAAAGAGUGGAUUACCUUAGUGGGGUACCAGAUCAGUAAAAAGCAUAGCUUUGUGGGAGAAUGUCCACUGCAGAGCCACAAUGAUCAAGCCCUCUUAACAAGACCAAGCACGAGCACUGCAUGGGCACUCCACUCAGUACUGACAGGUUUGUCAGAGAAGAGGUUGGGAGUUUAAAGCUG